AUGCAGUCGUCAACAUCGGAUCAAGCGCCCAGCCAGGCUAAUAAGCGGCGCAAAAUCCUCGUUCCUGUCAUUGAUCCUGGCAUGUUUGAGCCGCUGACCCACUUUUCGGACUCGCUCGCGGACAUAAACAACGAGGAUCCUGUCGUUCGAGCCCGCGCAUUUGAGCAGCUUAGAGUCCUGUCACCUCUAAUGCAACAACUCGCAUUCUCAAAGAAUAGCGCCGCCGUAUACUACACGGCUAAAGGGUUCAAAACCAUAUACGAGGCCUGUAAGAUUCUCGAGCUGCAGCACAUGGAACAGCCUUGGACUCGGCCAAGCCUCGAUAACCUCUCCUCGGCUACUCUCUCUCCUCACUUCAAUAAUGUUAUUACCCAACUUCGAGAUCCAGAGUAUCAUUCAAUCCAGACUUCUGAAUCCUCUGUACGCGUUAUCGUUGAGCUACUUAUACUCGAUCGGCUUCACCACCUUGCCGAUGCAGGAUUAAUUGAGCGUUUACGGCUCUAUCCAGAGGUAGAUCUGGAUAUUCUACGAGGUAACAAUUAUAUCACUGGCCGUGCCGAUUGGCUACUUUGCUAUGAUGAUCCUCGAGAUAGUGUCGAAUCGACAUUGAUUGCUAUAGAGGCUAAGCGGAGUUGCGACUUUUCCAGUGCCGCCCGUCAAUUAGCUGUCUAUCUCGCAGCAAUACAGAAACGUCGGGCUGAGAAAAACAUCCAUGGCAUCGCUUUCGGGAUCACAACGGAUAGCUCGCUUUUUCAGUUCUGGUUCUUGGACUCGGACCUACAGCUUUUCUCUUCUGUACCAUUUGAUUGGCGUCUUGAUAAGGCUACUAUUAUAGCAUGGAUCGACAAAAUGCUCGCCGAGGCAAUUGAGGCCUCGCCGCUAACCACACCAACUCUUCAUCGGAAUGUCUCUCUCCGUAACUGGGAGAAAAACUUCCGACGAAGCCACAAUUUAGGAGGUUCGGAAUCAGAUAGCUCGCCUGUAACUGAGGGGCUUCCGUUGGAGAUAUGUGCUCUAGGCUCGCACCGGAUUAUCGAACCCGCAUGGUACCUGGGUAGAAGGGUCCUGGUUGUUGAAUGCGAUGAUGAUGGCGAGGAUCCUGCUGUUGAGAAUUGA